AUGCCCGGUGAAACGCCAAGUCUGAGCGUGUCUGUGUCCCCAAGCCUUUCCGUGCCGCCUGCUGCUCUUCGGACAAGCCCCCAGCAGCCUCUAACCUUUGCAGGAGCCUUUCCUCCACCCGAGUCCCUCCUAUUAAACCCUGUUCCUAGCCGGUUCAGCCCCAGCCACCAGAAGCCCCCCAGCCCCGGCCCAGCAGCUGGCCUGGGAACAGGGAAAGCGCAGUCUGGGCUCACAGUUCGCGCUGGGGGCCGGGCAGCCUGGGGCGACCAUACAGGCCCAGAUGGGGACUCCGGCUCCAACCGUCCUGGCCCAGAGGCUCUAGGGUGGUGCUGUCUGUCUCACCCCGGGGGCGGGGAGGACGCAGACAGACUCCAGCGCCACUGUUCGGCCGCGGAUGGUGCCUUAGACCCAGGUCCUGUGGGCUCUGGCCGGAGCCCCCCACUCUGGAGGAAGGCCGGUGACUGGGAGGAGUCCACCUCGCAGGCGCGCCGGGCUCACCGCGCCCCCCUACCCCGCAGCUCCUUCCAGCAGCGCCUGUCCUACACCACGCUCAGCGACCUGGCCCUGGCGCUUCUCGACGGCACAGUGUUCGAAAUCGUGCAGGGGCUACUGGAGAUCCAGCACCUCACUGAAAAGAGCCUAUACAACCAGCGCCUGCGCCUACAGAACGAGCACCGAGUGCUCAGGCAGGCGCUGCGGCAGAAGCACCAGGAAGCCCAGCAGGCCUGCCGGCCCCACAACCUGCCUGUGCUUCAGGCGGCUCAGCAGCAAGAACUACAGGCGGUGGAACACCGGAUCCGUGAGGAGCAGCGGGCGAUGGACCGGAAGAUCGUCCUGGAGCUGGACCGGAAGGUGGCUGACCAGCAGAGCACACUGGAGAAGGCGGGGGUGGCUGGCUUCUAUGUGACCACCAACCCACAGGAGCUGAUGCUGCAGAUGAACCUGCUGGAACUCAUCCGGAAGCUGCAGCAGAGGGGCUGCCGGGCAGGGAAGGCAGCCCUGGGACUGGGAGGUCCUUGGCAGCCACCUGCUGCCCAGUGUGACCAGAAAGGCAGCCCUGUCCCACCAUAGCCACAGGCAGCAGAAGUCUGGGCAGAGUUCAUCUUCUUGACCUUUGGCCACUGCCUUCCCAGCUGUCCACAGGGGUCCCCUGCUGAGGAGAGGCCGGGUGGAACCCGGUUGCCUGUCCCCCUGCGUCUGGGACUUGCUGCCAAACACUAGGUUGGUCUCAUAAAAGGAAGGCCGGCCCAGCCUGCCGCUGUCUGCUUCAGGGCCUGGCAGAGAGUGAGGCCGGGGGUUCUCACACCUUCUAACUCCACGGGGCACAUCCCAGCCUGCACCGCGGGCCACCGGAGCGCUUGUUCUGGUCUCAGCCACUCCCUCGGCAGCUGCAGCCCCCAUGCAGAAGAGGCUCCGAGGCCCAAGCUCUGUGUGACCCAGAGAAAUAAAGAUGCCUCAGUGUGGCCCGC